AUGUCCGAGCCUCGAGCCUUCACAGUUCGACCGCUGUCAAAGCAAACCAGAAGUGAUCAUAGAGAUGCCUUUCGUGUUUAUCUCUCGUCCUCGUCCUUGGCAUUUUUAAAACUCAGAGCUGGAGACGUGUGCAAUAUUAGUCUCGCCGGCGGACCAUCGAAAACAGCAAUAGCUUGGAACGCGACCGAGAAUAUCCAAAAUACGGUUGUACAGACCUCGAGAACUCUUCAGGAAUGCUAUGGAAUCAAAAUUGGGGAGAAGAUUACAAUAUGCAGGGUCGACGGACCCCUGAAUAAGAUCGACACAGUCUCCAUUAUAGAGUGUUCAGAUAGUGAUAGGAUUGCAAAAUACGGCGCGAUUCCACCCUCUGACUUAAUCCACUGGUCAUGGUCUUUGGAGCUGCCUCUUCUGAAAUGCGAUGGCAUUGCUGUUGGCCUAGUAUUUGAGCUAGAGCUUAGGAGCCAACGCCGAAGCUUCAGAGUGGCAGAUAUCUCAAGUCAAGAUGGAAGUACUACGUGUACUCUUUUCAGAUUUGCUGAAUCCAGUGAGAUCAUAAUGGGCGAAGAUCUUAAAAAACCUCUAGAGCGUGGAACUUCCAAUAUUCAAGUGCGACCUACUGGGCUCGGAGGGAUGGACCGGCAAAUUGAAAGUAUCAAUGAAAGUCUCGCUGACUUUAACCCUUGUCUGGUCAAUCUAGUAAUGCCUUCAUUCUAUGAACAUAGUCGAGGCAUUCUUCUUUACGGUCCCAAGGGAACAGCCUUUGGCCGCAAUAUCGGGGACGCCGAAUCCAAGCUGCGCAACGUAUUCCAAGAAGCGAUGCGCUGUCAGCCCAGUGCAAUCCUAAUUGACCAGGUGGAGUUUAUUGCGCCUAGACGGACAUCGCUCGAUAGCCAGUCGUUGGCAUCGGUUCUAUGCGAAUGCAUUGACGCUACAAAGAAUGCAUUCAUUCUAAUAGUCGCCGCAACCCGUCAUCCGAAUGAUGUCGAUGAUGCCCUGAGGACCCCGCAUCGACUGGCAACCGAAAUUGAACUGCAUAUUCCGACAGCACAUGAUCGAGCCCAAAUAUUACGUGCCAUAUGUGGAGGCCCAUCCCCGGCAUUGAGUGAUACCCUCAUAGACAUGAUAGCGGAGAAAACACACGGUUACGUUGGUGCCGAUCUUUUCGCUUUGCUUCAGUUAAUUAGUCGCAAGGCACGGCAAAGACAGAUGUCGGAAUUUGAGCUUCGUGUUAGCGACGAACGCACACCUUCCGAUAAUGCUGUUGAAGGUCCGAUUACUCAGGAACCAGGUACAGCUAUACAUAUCAAGGACGUUGAUGUCUUAUCAGCUUUACAGGAAACUCGGCCUACUGCUAUGCGGGAAGUGUUUCUGGAGACGCCCAAGGUCAGGUGGUCGGACAUUGGUGGACAGCACGAAAUUAAGAGACGUCUACAGAAAGCAGUGGAGCGUCCAUUGAAGCAUCCUGAGCGAAUGAGGAGGCUUAAUUUGACCAGCAAGAAAGGUGUACUUCUUUACGGGCCACCUGGGUGCUCUAAGACGCUGACGGUGAAAGCACUGGCCACGGAGGCAGGGCUUAACUUCCUGGCAGUCAAGGGAGCCGAGAUUCUGAGCAUGUACGUCGGAGAAUCUGAGCGAGCAUUACGAGAAAUCUUUCGAAAAGCUCGCUCUGCAAGGCCCAGCAUCAUAUUCUUCGAUGAAAUAGAUGCUAUCGCCUCUAAACGUGGCACUUCAUCACAAGGCGGAGUCAAUGUUCUUACAACCCUUCUCAAUGAAAUGGACGGCAUCGAGGAGCUUAAAAGUGUCCUAGUUAUCGCCGCCACGAACAAGCCUGAAGUGAUAGACCCGGCGUUGAUGCGCCCCGGUCGACUGGACAAUAUACUUUACAUAGGACCUCCCGACUACGAGGCGCGGAAGGAGAUUUUGGACAUAUGGUUCCGCAAAUCUGUCAUUAACCCGGAAGUUGAGGUGGAUGUGUUGGCCAUGAAGACUGACGGGUAUUCGGGGGCUGAGAUCGUGAGCAUAUGUGAGACAGCCGGUGAUGCUGCUUUGGAUGCGGAAGAGGAGACUGGCCAAGCACAAGAUAUCCGAUGGGAGCAUUUCGAGUAUGCGCUCAAGCAGGUGAAAAGACAGAUAACGGCUGCUGUUGUUGAGGCGUACGAACAGUGGGGUGACUCUGUUGACAUAUGA